AUGGUCUCCACCCACCUUGCCUUCCGUCUGCUGCUCGCCCUCAGCGCCAUGAGCGCUACUCGAGCAUACUACGACGAUGAAGACAUGCUCGCUGUCCGCGAGUACUACGACGAGGUCGAGGGCAUCUCUUCCCGCGAGCUUGGGCUUGCCUACACCGCUCGCGACUACGACGACACCCCCAGCUACUACACCCGCGGGUACGCAGACGGGGACGACUUCGUGCUGAGCCGUCGAGCGCUCGCCUCCUUGGGUGUGCGCGCCGACGACAUCUCGCACGUGCUCGUCCUUCGUGCGCCGCCGCCUGGCAAGGGCCGUAGCCCGUCACCCGCGUCCAAGGCCGAGUACGAGAAGCAGUUGAAGAAACAUGAGGAUGAGCUGAAGAAGGCGAAGGCGAAGCUCAAGGACGCGAAGGCGAAGAAGGCGGCGGCGACGAACGAUAAGGACAAGAAGUUCUGGGGGAAGGAGGAGGCGAGCGCGCGCGAUAUGGUCAACUACGAGAACGAGGAGAUCGCUGAGUACAAGAAGCUCCUCAAGAAGUAG